AGCUGAAAGCACAGGGCGAAAGAAAGAAAUUACGAUGAAUACAUGGACUGUAAUUUCACAAUAUGAAAAUGGUACUCACAUUAGAGACUCUUCUCCCCUUACCGUCUAAGACACAACCAAUCUACACAUCCCGGCUCUUUCUGCGCCCUUUCAAAUGGACCGACUUUGACAAUUUUUACAAACUCCGCACUACGCCAGAGGUCAUGCAAUGGACUAGUCAAGGCCGAAUUGAUGACUUGGUGGACCAGACAAAGCAGUGGAUGAGUUUAUUCAUCUAUGAGAAUGAUGAAGUUCCGCGUCGGAACUAUAACUUUGCUGUGUUUCUAAGAGAUGAAAAGUCUGAUGUUCGGGAUGAGACGCGGUCCGAAGGAGACGAGAAAGAAGGAGAUUUUAUUGGUGUUUGUGGCCUAGUCUGUUUGACUUCGCCACCCAUUUCUCUGCUCCCUAGCUUUGGAUACAUGUUUGUCCCAGAAGCAUGGGGAAAGGGGUAUGGCACGGAAUCCGUACAGGGAUUUAGAGAUGCAUGGUGGUCAACGAUUAGGUCGGGUCUUGACAAAUACGACAAUUCAUCGCUCUCCGCACCUGAAAAUGGCCUUGGAACUUUACGUGCGGUCACUUCGAAAAAGAAUCAAGCCAGUAUCAAAAUCUUACAAAAGUCUGGUUGGACUAUGGAUGACGGGUAUGACGAUGACAGCCAGAAGGAUAUUAAAUGGGUGUUAAAAACGCCAAAACCUUAUGAAUAAUUCUGGCGGAAUAUUUUCAUUUUUGUUGGUAUAAUAGACAUAUAAUUUCAUUCAUUGUGAAUAUAUUCUUCAUGAAUAACUUAUCUGCCUGAUUGGUCGAAUCGGUGACCCGGUGAUUCGGUGAAGUUAGCAACGCCGAUGACAACGUAUAAAUAGCUUAUGGUUAUG